GCAUUAGACAAAAGAGCGCUCCGUGAUUUAUAUCUUACCAGUCGUUUAGAGAUUAACAUGUCAAAGAGGCGUAUUUAAGCACAGACACCCUUGUCUUCAAGAUCAGAACCGGACGAUUUAGCGACAAAUGGAAAGCAUGAAAGUUGCAACUAGAGGAAAAGUGGGUCUGCGCGAGUUAAAUCUUGGGCAUGGUAGCAAUAACGUGCGAUGGUUAAACGAUAGAGAAGACAGAAUACUGCAAACAUCUCUGAAUUCACUGGAAAAAGCUCGACAGAAAACACUUAACCGCCUUCAAAAUGAAGUCAACGGAUUGCAUUACACCUUACGAGAGCAGGCCACAAUCCGAUCACCGCCGAUCACAAAAAUAUCGCUUUUAACAGACAUUGACAAAAGCGAGACGAACACGAAAUUAUCAUCCACAGUGACUUUUGGUGAAAACUGUGAGAUUUUAGGAACUAAACUCGAUAAUCGGGCAAAGAGCUUGGAAGACUUGGAUAAUUCAGAAGAAUCAACUUUAGAGCACAUUAUUCUAGAAGAUUCGGGUUUCUGCGACAAGCAAAAAGUAGGCAAAGGCUCAGUAAAAACGAACAAUCAAACUGAGAAUGCUUGGACAAGAAAACCCACUCUAAGCACUGCUGGCAAGACUGCUCUAAAACGACAACUCUCGAAGCAGCCCUCGAACUCAUCCGACCACUGUUCGCCUUCGGCGGCGACUUUGUUGGUUCAUCGUCGUAAAAUUUCCGUCACCGAUCCACUGUUCACAAAGGAAGGUAGGGAAGGAGGCUUGCGGAAGACGCUAAGUCAAAGUUCCUUGCAAGUUGGCUCUGACAACUUAAACCGCGCAAAGGCGAGAUCGACAGAAAUGAUAAACCUCGCCUCAACAUAUCCCAAUGGCCAUACCCUUAAUGAACCUUUUAUGCCAUCUCUGAGAAAAGGGAGCGAGGCUGUCAGUCGUGUCGCUAGCCCUAUAUUUGUGCGGAGAAAGAUUUCCCAUCAUCAUUCGUCACCAUUAUCAUCGCCUCCGAGACCGAUCAGAAAAAUCUCCUGCCCCACAAAGCUGCAGCAAUUUUCCAGAUCAGUUUGUCAAGAAGAAGUCAUACCUCUCCAACCGUCACGUGAAAAUAGUGGAAGUACGUCACGCCUUAGUGUUGCCACGAUAACCGAUCUCCCUAAGUUGUCAAUGUCACACGUGGUUGAUCAUGUGACCCAACUGGACGACGACAAAUACCCGAGAAGCAAUGCGAGUCCUUUAGGGAUUCAUGUUGACGGUAUGGAAUGUACUCUUCAGGAAAAGGUAAACAAUUUCCUCCGAAGUUUGGAAAGAAGCGACGAAACUCAAGAACCAAAAGAAAAGACAUAUACAUAAGGCUGCCUUCGAUCCGUGCUCGUAAAUAAUUUAUUUUAUAUCUAAAUUAUUACUUGAUAGAAAUUGACAGUAAAUGUAAAAUUCUUGAACGAGGUUGGAAUUUACGAUUUCAUCUGUAAGGUUAGAACUCAGAAAAACACCUCCAGCAUUAAAGCAGUGAAAAUGGAAUUGCCUACGUCAAUAGCUGAAAUGAAAACAAGCACUUUCACUUGGAUCAAGUGUUACGAAAUUUAAUCAGACCACGAUUUGGACUGAUGUCGACGAAUGAGGAUAAAUUCGGACGGUUCAAAAUUAGUUGAUAUUGCAGAAUAAAAACCUUGAAACAGGUGUAAUAAAUACUUUGACAUUUA